AUGGCCGAGGAAGAAGAUCCCCUCAUCCAGGCUCUGCCUCCUGCGACCGACUACCUGACCUACCUCACCCUCCUCGAAUACCAGCUCACCCCCGCCCGCCUACCCACCCUUCACAAGCUCCUCCAGGAUGAGGUGCUCACAACCAACAUCGGUUGGGAUCUGGUGCAGUUGUUGCUGCCAAUGCUGCCCCAGUCCACCGAUUGCCUGCACGAUAUUGCCCGAUUGGGAAAUCCGAGGGAGGUGAUUUUGCGAGUUUCGGAUGCGCUCAUGAAGCUACAACCCGAGGACGAGGAUGAAGAUAGUGAAGAUGAGACUGCUGAGCCCGCUGGGCUAGGGAAUUCCGGUCAAGCGGGGGAGUCAUCGCAGAAUGCUGCGGGUAGCGAAGGGAGGCCCUCUGCCUUGCCUCGCCAUGUCGUACAGUUCAAUACGCUGGUCGCAAUGCUGUCGGUUCUUCACUCCCGCAUCCAAACCAAGUCCCCCAGUCGUUUUCUUGCGACAUCGUUGCAGGCCGUGCUGGAGGCAUAUACCCUCAUGCCUACGAGUGAGACUACAAUUGCGCUGCUAGAGUUCUUCAGAACUGUGUCGCCGUCAAAGAGACCGGCGCCGCCUCCAAGAGUGCCCAGCGAGUCAAGCGUGCUGCGUCUGGCGGUAGCAACAGCGCCCGACCCAGAAGCAGAGGUUCAGUCACCAUCCCCGGCAAGUGAUGAGGAACCGGUGUUAGUCCAGAAAUUCUUGCAAUUUGGUCUGCUAGAGGUCCUGAAAUCAUAUCUUUUGAGCUUCUCCGGUCCCUCGGAUCCGGGACUGUCUUGGGCUAUUAGGUUGCAAGAAAAACUGCAACCUGGGAUGCGAUUGAUCAAGCAGGAAACGCAGAGUGAUCUCUUCGCAAACCACAAGGAGCUGAAAGAGAGGGACAUGAUCAUUGCAAAAAUUACGGCUCUAUCUCGAGAUUUCGGUCUCAAUGAUAAGGCGCUUCUGGAGAUUGUUCUUCAGUCUCCAGGUGACCAGCCUCUCCCUCUAGAUUUCGAGGAGCCUCCCAGGAAGGCGGAUGAGAUUCCACUAGAAAGACAUGGAUCUCUGCUUCUGCUUGCGGCCCGGGCGGCCACUGCAGAGCUGUUCUCAUCUGGCCAGGUCACUCCUAUCGCCAUUUUCCCCGAGCUGGCACGAAUCUUCCAGAAUUUCGUCGGAGGGUACAAUUCGCCCGACGACGUGGCAUUUGGGCAGCCCCAAGUGCUGCUAGACUCGUUGCUUACUCUGACUGUCUUCUCCAAUCAACAAACGAGCUUCCCAGCUCCCAGUGAGAAGGACUUUGUCAAGUUCGUUCUGACCUUGACCGCUUGCACAGCGCGCCAAAAUUACAGCUCCGUGCGACGGAUUCCCGGAACACUGAUUCAGAAACACCCGUCGCAAGUGACGCAGUUCAAAGUUAUCCGGACCGUCCUGGAAGACGACCGCUUCCAGUCCGUAAAGGACAGUGCAAUUGGAUGGCUAAAGACGGGGAUCCUCGCGGCAGCAAAUUCGUCCGAACUGGGCACUCCGUCCGAGCCCAGCAUCUUUCUCAACCCGCACUACUUUUCGGUGCUGUUCCCUUCGCUCUUCAACUCCUCCGAAUUAUUCAUGAACGUAUCCUCCGACCUCGUGGCAUCCUGGAUCAAGUUCUCGCAGACCCUCUCUCCAUCCAUCCAUGCGGCCCUCAGUCUCUACUACACCCUCGUGUCCUCGCUGAACCUGCGUAAGCAACUGCAGCUCGAAAAGACCUAUGUCUACUUCCGCAACCGGUUCCUGGAGCCUCUCAAGUCCCUCUGCCACGCCUUCGAAGCGGACCUGGUGCGGAACGGUGGGGAUGGAAAGAUCGAAGCUGCGGUUGGCGAGAGCCUGAGCCAAGUUGGCAUGGCGCGAUCGGUCGGACUGGUGUCGUACAUGCUGGAACAGGUCGAGGACGCCGUCGGAGAGGCUUUUGUGCUACAGGACUCGGAGCUACCGGAGCCGAGCGCGGACGACAUCGCGCGGGUGGAUAUGAUCCGAAAGGAGACGUCACCAUGA